GGGGCGCCGGAGGGCCGCUGCGCCUGGGAUUUUGAAGCAAACAGGCAGCGCGCGACAAUGGCGGCCGCUGGUGCAGCUUUGGGGCCCUUGGUGACGGGUCUGUACGACGUGCAGGCUUUCAAGUUUGGGGACUUCGUGCUGAAGAGCGGGCUCUCCUCCCCCAUCUACAUCGAUCUGCGGGGCAUCGUGUCUCGACCGCGUCUUCUGAGUCAGGUUGCAGAUAUUUUAUUCCAAACGGCCCAAAAUGCAGGGAUCAGUUUUGACACAGUGUGUGGAGUACCUUAUACAGCGUUACCAUUGGCUACAGUUAUCUGUUCAACCAAUCAAAUUCCAAUGCUUAUUAGAAGGAAAGAAACAAAGGAUUAUGGAACUAAGCGUCUUGUAGAAGGAGCUGUUACUCCAGGAGAAACCUGUUUAAUAAUUGAAGAUGUUGUCACCAGUGGAUCUAGUGUUUUGGAAACUGUUGAGGUUCUUCAGAAGGAGGGCUUGAAGGUCACUGAUGCCAUAGUGCUGUUGGACAGAGAGCAGGGAGGCAAGGACAAGUUGCAGGCACAUGGGAUUCGCCUCCACUCAGUGUGUACAUUGUCCAAAAUGCUGGAGAUUCUCGAGCAGCAGAAAAAAAUUGAUGCUGAGAUGGCUGGGAGAGUGAAGAGGUUUAUUAAGGAGAAUGUCUUUGUGGCAGCGAAUCAAAAUGGUUCUCCCUUUUCUGUAAGGGAAGCACCCAAAGAACUCAGCUUCGGUGCACGUGCAGAGCUGCCCAGGAUCCACCCAGUUGCAUCGAAGCUUCUCAGGCUCAUGCAAAAGAAGGAGACCAAUCUGUGUCUGUCUGCUGAUGUUUCAGAGGCCAGAGAGCUGUUGCAGCUAGCAGAUGCUUUAGGACCCAAUAUCUGCAUGCUCAAGACUCAUGUAGAUAUUUUAAAUGAUUUUACUCUAGAUGUGAUGAAGGAAUUGAUAACUCUGGCAAAACGCUAUGAGUUCUUGAUAUUUGAAGACCGAAAAUUUGCAGAUAUAGGAAACACGGUGAAAAAGCAGUAUGAAGGUAAGUGUAUUAUUCAAGAAUCUGCAAGAAUCAGAAAUCCAGCUUAAACUGGCUGAAGAGAAAAAAAAGGAAAUGCUUAUGUCACUGAAAGUCCAUUCAUAGAGCACGCUGUCAAGCAUGGUUGGAUCCAGGAGCCCAAGUGGUGUCUUCAUGACUUGCUUUCUUUCCAUUUCUCAGCUCUGCUUUCUUCUCUGUUGACUUCUUUCUCAGGUAGGCAUACUCAACAUGCUCACCCCAAGCCAAUCACUCUAGCUUGGGAUAUAGAAUACCUUCAUUAGCUAGCCUGGACAAUCUGCUCUGCAGUUGUGAGGUUGUUAACUCUACUUGACCUUCUUUUUUUUUUUUAAUUGUAUUUGGGCUCUGGGGUACAUGUGCACAUCCUGCAGGAUUGUUGGAUGGGUACAUACAUGCCUAUUUGACCUUCUUGAAGUGAGAACCAGGCAGGGAUAGUUUUCUUAAAGAAAAUGGGUAUGCUGAUACCAGAAGAAGUUAUGUGUCUGGCCAAGCAAAUGUGACAG